UGGUGAUGAUGAUCUCGAAGAUAGUUCUACAAUUAUCUCUUUUAGUUAUUGUUUUAUUAAGUACGAUCGUAUGUCAGAGAAAUACGCAUUCAAAACUCACCCGUCGUGUACGUCGCUUUCUUUUUCCAUCCAACAGUUUACUGUCUAUAAAAACUGAUCUAAAAAUGCCGAUAUCACUUCCUGGUAGAAUGACUGGAUCGAUAGAUAUGUCUCUUCCAAUUUCUAUUCCUUUAUCGCGGUUUCUUACCGAAGGAACAGGAAGAGACGACAAUAGGAUGGAAUUAUUUUUUUUCCUGGAAAACUUAAUUCAACGAUUUGGAAUAGACGGAAAAUCGUGUCUCUUAAAAUCAAUUUGUGAAAUAGCUGAAAUCCCGAUGGAUGAAGAAGGAGUAAUAGGAACCUUUAUCAACGGAUUAUUCAAGGUAUCAAAUUUGACGAGACGUUAUGGAAUGGACGAUUAUAUAAAGGCAGAAAAAUUAGGAAGAAUGGGUGGAAAUUGUUCAAAGAACUAUAAAAAUUGUCCAUUUUCAUUUUUUAGUACAGUAUCUUUAAUGUAAUUUUCGUGUAAUUAUUAUUUAUUAUAUACGA